GUCUAUUUGAUUGGCUUAGCACUGAGGUACUGAAGAACAUCUGGGAUGCCCAAUAUUGGUCCUAUCCAACACCGCAGAUACAGGCCUUGUGUCCCAUCUGUAUAUGAAAGCACACCGGAGUCAACAUGGUGGUUGGAUUCCGCGGUUGUCUGGUAAUCCUGUGGCUGGCGCUGGGUGCCGUGCUAGGCUCGGUGCUCGGGCUCGGCGAGGACCUCGACCGGCCUCUGUUCGGGCCUCCCGGCUCUCCUAUCCGGCUGCAUGAGUCAGACCCGGGCCUGAAGAAGGCCCUGGAGUUUGCCGAGGACCGCUACAACCGGGGCUCAAACGCGAUGCACCUCCGCAGAAUCAGCCGGCUCAUCUCCGCAACCAAACAGCUGGUUAAGGGAAUCCGCUACACUAUAACAGUGGAAGUGAGUAACACGCAGUGUAAAAACACCAUGCUCAGGACAUGUGACUUCUAUCCUGAGUCACAGAAACUCAAGACGGAACUGUGCAUGUUCGAAGUGUGGGAUAUUCCCUGGCAGGGCACUUCGACUCUGGUCAAACAGAAGUGCCAGCCUAAAGUUGAACCUCAAGUAGAGGAGACCAACAAGGUGGAGGAUCCAUCCAGCAGCCAGCCCCUGGAGGAGUCUGUGGAGCUUUUGGGCCAGUUUAAAGAGUUCAUGGUUAAAUACAAUAAGGUUUACAGCAGCCAGGAGGAGGCAGACCGUCGUUUGCGCAUCUUCCACGAGAACCUCAAGACUGCUGAGAAGCUCCAGUCUAUGGAUCAAGGUUCCGCUGAGUAUGGAGUCACCAAGUUCAGCGACCUAACCGAGGAAGAGUUUCGCUCUACGUACCUGAACUCGCUACUGAGCCAGUGGACUCUCCAUCGACCAAUGAAACCGGCCUCUCCUGCCCGAGGUCCCGCCCCUGCCAGCUGGGAUUGGCGGGAUCAUGGAGCAGUCAGUCCCGUUAAGAACCAGGGUAUGUGUGGAUCCUGCUGGGCAUUUUCUGUUACAGGCAACAUUGAAGGCCAGUGGUUCCUGAAGAAUGGAACAUUGCUGUCACUUUCGGAGCAAGAGCUGGUUGACUGUGAUGGGUUGGACCAGGCGUGCAGAGGAGGGCUGCCUUCAAAUGCUUAUGAAGCCAUUGAAAAGCUGGGUGGUCUGGAGACAGAGACGGACUACUCCUAUGCCGGGCACAAGCAGAGGUGCGACUUCACCACAAGGAAAGUGGCUGCCUAUAUCAACAGCUCCGUGGAGUUGUCCAAAGACGAGAAGGAAAUUGCAGCUUGGCUAGCUGAGAAUGGACCAGUCUCGGUCGCUCUGAAUGCCUUUGCAAUGCAGUUCUACAGGAAGGGUGUGUCUCACCCUUUGAAGAUCUUCUGCAACCCCUGGAUGAUCGACCACGCUGUGUUGCUGGUAGGAUACGGAGAACGUAAAGGUAUCCCAUUCUGGGCCAUCAAAAACAGCUGGGGGGAGGAUUUUGGCGAGCAGGGUUACUACUACCUAUAUAGGGGGUCCAAUGCCUGUGGGAUCAACAAGAUGUGCUCAUCGGCUGUAGUCAAUUAAACCACUAACCACAUAUUUGCACAUACACACACAAACAAACACACACACACACACACACACACACACACACACACACACACACACACACACACACACACACACCUUCAUUCUAGAUGUAUCACAGCUUCCAGCUGGCCACAUCUCUACACUUCUCAUACGCACAUUUGAUCCAGAAUGCACGAAGAGUGUCACAGUCAGACACAGAUGAAGUCCUACUGAAGAUACUUUUCCAUUAAACCAGACUAGUGUUCCACCUUCGUGGCUACCACCUGGUGACAAUUUACCGAAACAUACCAGCUCUAAUAAAGCUAGUUUUGCUGAAAGAUACAAUGUUACUUUUAAAGUAGAUUUUUUUUGGUGUACAUUUCUUUCCAUUAGUCCUGCAGGUGAUAAUGACUGCCGUGUUUCCGGCAGUAUUGGUUUUUAACUCAUCUUUCCUCACAGUAACUGAGCCCAUGUUUGAUAAGGUGUGCAAUAAUUGUUGUUUGACUUCUGUCUUGUCAGUUUGCUUAGAUGUUUUGUUGAAAGUGUUUCUGCUAGUAUGAUGUAGCACUUGAGAGGAGCUUUUGAAAGAUGGGGGUUUUUACCAUAUAGCGGUUUGCGGAUUACUACAGGGAUGAAUGAAAGUUGAAUAAAAAAAAGUGUG